CGCCGCGGCCCCCGCGGGAUGCGGGAUGCGGGAUGCGGGCCGCCCUUCCCAGCGCCGCCGCGCCUCGCUCCGCAGGCUCGCCCCCCGCGGGAGCGCUGCGCUGGGCCAGCCCCACGCGGCGCCGGGAGAGGAGUUCCCAGCCGUCCUGCUGUCCCCGACAGCCCCGGCUGCGGCUGCCCCCGCCUCGGCCAGCAGGGAACGCGGGCUCCUGCCUCCCUUUGUGCCGAGGGGAGCCGUGCGGAGCGAUGGGAAUGCGGGGCUGCGAAGCGCUGCUGUAGCGGGCUGGUCUGGGGCUUUUUCCCCCCCUGCCUUCUUUAAUCCUUGAGCGGGGUGGGGCAUGCUUGCUGUGGAUUCUUUUGGUUUUAUCUGAGAAUGAGAUGCUGGCUGAAAAUUGAAGAAAUGGCCCUAGAAGAAUUGAUGCAAAGAUUAAAUGCGGUUUCCCAGUGCGCUGAUGAAAUCAUGCAUCAGGAUAUCAUUCCCCUCUAUGCUGCAGAUAUUCAGGACCAAUUAAAGAAACAAUUUGCUUAUCUGUCAGGUGGAAGAGGGGGAGAUGGCUGCCCUGUUAUCACCUUUCCAGACUACCCGGCUUUCAGUGAGAUUCCUGAAAAAGAGUUUCAGAAUGUCCUGACCUAUCUGACAAGCAUUCCAAGUUUGCGAGAUGCUGGAAUUGGAUUUAUUCUUGUCAUAGAUCGCAGACAGGACAAAUGGACCUCUGUGAAAGCUUCCAUACUGCGGAUAGCAGCAUCUUUCCCAGGAAACCUGCAAUUAGUCCUCGUUCUGCGCCCAACAGGAUUUUUUCAUCGAGCUCUCUCGGACAUUGCUUUCAGAUUCAACAAAGAUGAGCUUAAAAUGAAAGUACCUAUCAUAAUGCUGGGCUCAGUGUCAGAACUGCAGGGUUACAUUGAUAAGACACAAUUAACAGAAGAUCUUGGUGGCACCCUGGAUUACUGCCACAACAGAUGGCUGUCCCGUCGCACUGCUAUAGAAGGUUUCGCCCAAAAGGUUAAGCAAACAGCUCAGAUUCUUCAGUCCUUUGGGACUGAGCUGGCUGAAACAGAACUACCAAAUGAUGUGCAAUCAACCAGCUCCCUUCUUGCAACACACACAGAAAAGAAGGACAAAAUGAAGGAGGAUAUCAGGGUAGCAGUAGAACAGGGAGAUGAUAUCCUUGGAAGUAUUACAAAACCAGUUACUGAGAAUCCUGAUUACAAACUGAAUCAAGAUCAGCUAGACAAUCAAACAACGGUAGAAAGGCUACUGGCUCAAUUACAUGAAACAGAGACCGCCUUUGAUGAGUUUUGGAUGAAACAUCAGCAAAAACUAGAGCAGUGUCUGCGCCUUCGGAAUUUCGAACAGAAUUUCAGAGAGGUCAAAGCAGCUUUGGAUAUUGUGUCUGAGAGACUGUCUGCUUUCACAGAUGUAGGAAACAGCCGUUCACAUGUGGAGCAUAUUUUGAAAGAUCUCGCCAACUUUAAAGAAAAAUCAGAUGAAACUGUAAGAAAAGCCAAAAUGUUAGCCUCAGAGCGUGAUGCUUUUAUUCAAAGCAAUCAUUAUGCUGUGGACUCCAUUAUUCCAAAAUGCAGUGAACUUCAUCAUCUCUGUGAUACCUUCACUACUGAGAUAGAACGGAGGAGAAAACUUCUUAACAAAUCUCUGGAACUGCAUGAUUUGCUAGAAAAGUCUAUGAAGUGGUGUGAUGAAGGAAUUUACCUGCUGGCUUCCCAGCCAGUAGAUAAGUGUCAGUCACAGGAUGGUGCAGAAUCAGCAUUACAGGAGAUUGAGAAGUUCCUGGAUACUGGUGCUGGCAAUAAAAUCAAGGAGUUGAAUAAAAUUUAUGAAGAGUAUGCACACAUCCUCAAUGAAGACCUAAAGGACCAUGUGCAAAAGGUUUUCCAGAAGCAGGAAAGUAUGGAAGAAAUGUUUCAAAAGCGGCAAGUAAGUCUUAAGAAGCUGGCAGCUAAGCAGACACGUCCUGUUCAGCCAGUUGCUCCAAGACCUGAAGCAUUUGUAAAAUCUCCUUGUACAUCUCCAGGUCUCCAAAGAGAAAACGUGUCCAACACAGAAAGCAGCGCACUUCGGAGGGUAAACUACAGAAAAGGAAAGAGUGAAAUGACUGAACUCCAUCAAAGCAGAGGAGGAUCUACAAUGGAUGAUGAAGAAAACCUAGCUGUGUUACGACAGCAUGUAAUGAAUGAACUUAUCGAGACUGAACGAGCAUAUGUGGAAGAACUUCUCUGUGUUCUUGAGGGUUAUGCUGCAGAGAUGGAUAACCCCUUGAUGGCUCAUCUCAUUCCGCCAGAACUGCAAAAUAAGAAAGAUAUCUUGUUUGGGAAUAUGGAAGAGAUUUAUCACUUUCACAAUAGGAUAUUCUUGAGAGAACUAGAAACCUAUGUGGAAUACCCAGAACUAGUAGGACGGUGCUUUCUGGACCAGAUGGAAGACUUCCAGAUUUAUGAAAAAUACUGUCAAAAUAAACCUCGAUCUGAAAGUUUGUGGAGGCAGUUUUCAGACUCUGUAUUUUUCCAGGAAUGUCAAAGGAAACUCGACCACAAGCUCAGUUUGGACUCGUACUUGCUGAAACCUGUUCAAAGAAUAACCAAAUACCAAUUAUUGCUAAAGGAAAUGCUGAAGUACAGUAAGAACUGUGAAGGUGCUGAAGAUCUUCAGGAAGCACUAACAUCUAUCCUGGGCAUUCUUAAAGCAGUUAAUGAUUCCAUGCACCAGAUAGCCAUUACAGGCUAUGAUGGAAACCUGAAUGAGCUGGGCAAGCUUUUAAUGCAGGGAUCCUUCAAUGUCUGGACUGACCAUAAAAAGGGUCACACAAAGGUGAAAGAUUUGGCACGCUUCAAGCCAAUGCAGCGACACCUCUUCCUCCAUGAGAAAGCAGUGCUGUUCUGUAAAAAGCGAGAAGAAAAUGGAGAGGGAUAUGAGAAAGCACCUUCUUAUAGCUACAAACACUCCUUAAAUAUGGCUGCAGUUGGAAUAACAGAAAAUGUCAAAGGUGAUGCAAAAAAAUUUGAAAUCUGGUAUAAUGCAAGGGAAGAAGUUUACAUUGUACAGGCACCAACCCCUGAAGUUAAAGCUACUUGGGUAAAUGAAAUAAGAAAAGUGCUAACGAGUCAACUGCAGGCAUGCAGAGAAGCUAGUCAGCACAGGACACUAGAACAAACACAGAGCUUACCUCUACCACUACCAGCAUCAUCUUGUGCAAGUCCUUCACGGAACCACAUCAGAAAUACCAAAAAAAUGGAGGAGAAAAAAGCUGAUCUCACAAGUCUAGAAGGUUGUGGCACUACAGUAGCACCAAAGUACCCCGAGAAAGGCAAAGACAACACUAGCACUACCUCAGAAUGCUCUGUACUGUCAAAAAAGCGCUUUACGCUGCAGGGCUUUACUAACCUCAAAAGUCAGAAAGAAACUCCAUCUCCUUCUGCUAAAAGCCAGACAUUGCCAAUGAUCCUUCUUACAGGACCAGCUUCUCCUACCAGUCCUGACAAAAAAGCCAAACGGCACGAAGUAGUGAGUGACCCAACUCCUUUUGGUUCAAGAGGUUGGGCCAAACCAUCCCAUUCUCUUGAUGCAUCCGAAGAAAAUGACGGCUGGUCUAGUGCUGAAGAACCGCUGAAUUCAUCGGAUGCGGAGGAAGAAGGAGGAGGAGGAGGGGCAGGCGAGAUCAAGCUGACUCCUGGUAAAUAUACAGUUGUGACUGAUUAUGACAAAGGAGUGUCUGAAGAAUUUACAGUGAAAAGUGGAGAUCUAGUUCAACUGAUUCGUGAAGGGGAGGAUGGACUUUGGUUUGUAAAGAACCUGAGCAGUGGUAGAGAAGAUUGGAUUCCAGCAAACAAUCUGCUGAUGCUCAUAGGCAACUCAAAAUCAGCUCAAUCUUUAAGCAGCUCUGAGUCAGGCACUGCCUCCAGCAAUUUGAGCACAUCAUCAAGUUGCAGUGAUAGCUGCAAUGUCAGUAGCACCAGCUUCUCUGAUAUUAAGGGCUAAUAUGACAUGUUCAUCCCACCUCCCUGGAAGGUAAAUCUGGAGAUUGUCAUUUGCUGCAGAGUUCUGAACAUUGGACUUCAUUGGAGAACCACAAGUACUGUGUUGCCAGCUCUGAAUAUUUUUAGUGGUGACUUUCACAGGUUCUCCCAGAAGAUCCCAGUGAGAAGUGCAUGGAAUGUGAAGUUGUAAAUAAAAGUUAAAUGAUUUGAAAUAGGAUUUUGUAGAGGUUUCUGCUCUGAAGAGCUGUUAGCAUCAAGCGCAUUUUCUCCUUGACACAUGAUCAGGUUUCUGCAGAACUGUAUCUUUUUGUAACAGCCAGAAUCUGAAUGUGAGCAAACAAAAUGUGUGCAAUGCUAAAUGCUCAUUGUAAACAAGUAACAUAGCAAUCACUGUACAGGAUAGGUAUGAGGAAAAUAAAUCCAAGUUUACAAUUUCUUCUCCCCAAGAAACCCUUUCUCCAAGGACGUACCUCGGUCAGUGCAGUGAAUGGGACUCCUAUGGCAACAAGGAAGGAAGUUUGGUCCACCCUUUCCACUUGGAUUUUCGGAUAUACUUCUGCUCCCUAGAGGCUGGGAUGCAGACGUAACCAAUUCACUGGCCACAACAACAUCAAGAGAAACUAUUACUUUUUCCCUUCCAACAUUUUUGUGAUGUGCAAUAGAGGAGCCUUUUUUUUUUGUUUGGCCUCACAACCAAAUUCUUUACCAAGAUCACUGUUUACAUAGCCUUGGCAAUUUAGUAGUAUAUUUUUCCUUAUGCAGGUGCACAAUGAAACACAAAUGUUCUUAUUCACUAAAUGAUUUUUUAAUAAACAGUAAUUGCAUGGUUACUUACAGCUCUCACAACAUGCAGUUACAGGCAGAGGAAACUAUUGUAACCACACUUAUAGGGACUGGAAAUCCAACAUAUUUUUAGUCCACAGUGUUUGUUCCAGAUUAAUUGAAAGAUAAAAAAACCCAAUUACGUACUUUUUCUAUAAAAGUGGAGCACCAGAGGAAAAAAAAAAGUCAGAUUUAUGCUACAGAUGAGUAUUUUAAAGUUUUUUAAAUGAAGGGUGAUGCUAAGUUUGCCAUUUUUCAGGGUAUGAUGCAAGCCAAUGUUGUAAAUUUUCACUUUGUUAGACAUUCUUUGCACACCAUCCUUACAAACAGUACAAAACUAAGUGCAUAUAUAGAAUACUGUAUUCUUUCCUGUCCAUCUCUCAAAUACUUUUGCUUAUAAGAAAACAGGUUUUUAACUGAUUAAUGUACCAUAUUAUUUAAAAAUAAUGGGGACAUGAUGAGCAUAAGUUUUCAGAAGCAGUAAGCACAGCAGAUUAUGUCAAUGGGAACUGCUGUUAAUCACCAGACUCGCUGAUGGCUGAGCUCUGAAUUCUCUUUAUGCCAGAAUUUUAUGUCUGAGAGGCUUCAGAUUAGAAAACUUAAAUGACAAACACUCCUAAGAAUGAUGCAGAAGCAACCCUGCUCCAGAGGCAAUCAAAAUGCAGCUGACCAUGGUCAGACAAAUUGAAGCAUGUAUAUACACACACAUAAAUGUAUGCACAUAUAUAUGUGCAUGUACGUGCUUGUGUGUAUAUAUCUGCCUGUGUAGAUAUGUAUAUGUGUGUAGAUAUGAUGUAUCAAUGUAAAAGAUGUAUUUAUAGUCUUCAUGCUGCUGAAUGUGUCACUUUACAAUUCAUAAGUACUUAGUUUUCUUGUAGUACUGCAAUAUAAAUGCUGAUCAGGGUUUUACUUCAGGCAUCUUUUUCAACACAGAAAUCCUCUGAAUUUUUUUUUUAUUAUUAUUCCAUAUAAUACUGUGCUGACCAGGAAUAUUUAGUCUGAUAUUUAACAAUGGAAUAGCAACAUGAGAUUCAGCUUAUCUUCAUCUAUGUAAGUUAUUUUGUAAAUUAUCUGUAACAUAAUUUACUUAUAUAUUGCUGUUAUUGCUUGGAUGAGACUGUUGUUUCAUUUCUCACUGCAGCCUCAUUUGUGUUAUUUCAAUGGUUUUUCCACAUCAUUGCACUUUAAUACAACCCAUUUCACCAUUUCCUUUUUUACUGCUGUUGUGAAUUAGAAGUUCAAAGUCAGAGGUCUCUACUGUAAUUAAUUUGAAUAAAUUUCAGCGCUUCUUGCUGAAUGCCUUUA